AUGGUGACUUCAGGUGUGGCGAAGUUGGAGCGAGCCAUCCAGCUCUGGCAUGCAUCUUUCAGUCCUCAAGAAGUGCCAAACAAGCGUGCGCAAAGCCGGAUCAUCCUUCCUGCCCCAAUCGUCCGCAUCAUUUCGUACGAACGCUCUGUGGCAGAUCCAAGAUUCAUGGACAAGCUUUACCCUACGCAGGCCAGGAAUGUGGAGAGGUGGUCUUGGGCUGCUGGCAUGGUCGGCAGUUAUGGGAUGCCAAUUGGAUCUGUAUGCCACAAUCUUCGCCGAUUGAGCCGCGGAGCCAUCAGCAAUCUCUUCUCGAAGACCUCUGUGCGGAAGCUUCAACCUGUGAUUCUAGGUGUGAUUGACAAGCUAUGCAACAAGCUCGAAGUGAUAUGA